CUUGUCCCCUUCCUCGGCGGCAUGCUAAGUAGCUCAGCUUCUCAUCCUUUCCAACCUCUUCCUUUUUCUUUCUCCACCACCUUUAUAUUUUGACAGUAUCCCCUUGAAUUUGACCUCGUGCAACAAAAUUGUUUACUCUAUUGUAACAAUAGAUCACCGAUUUACAUGUAAGCAAAAAAAAUAUUCUAUAAAUUCCAUAUUGUUAAAUGUAUUUGUAUUUUCGGUUGGGAACUAACAGUCCAGCAUAGAAUACUUCAUCGUGUCAACCGCAAUGAUGAGACGUCUUUCGACAGUGUUCAAGACUAAGGACAAGGAGAACUCCAAAUCCUCACCCACAACUGCCGAAAAUGGGGCGACUUCCUCAAGCGGACCGGCACGUCGUUUGACGAUGGGUGUGUCUAAAAAGUCUAACAGUGGUACUGCAAGCUCUAAUCCCCAAGCAUUCGAGGGUCCCGAUCAUAGUGUAAAACGCGCUGGUAUUGUUGGAACUCUGGAAUCACUUGGGAAAGUCAUCAGCACAGCCAACCGUCCUUUGAAUACCGAAACGGGAGAUGGCUCCUAUGACACAAAACAGGAACAAACAGGUUUAUUGGAUGAUCUCAAAUCAUUGAAGAUCAAGGAUUUGGAAACAUUGCAGUUGGCCAUGAAGCAAGAAUUGGGAACUUCAAAAUUGACGGCCGACAAGAGCAUGUUAAUGGAAAGGCUCAUUCAGGUAAACUUGGUCCUUAAUUUGUUCACACAGAAGCUAAUGCUAAGAAGUUGGUUGCAAAUCUUCCUGGAACCUCCAAGACUCGGGUUAAGCUUACUGAAGUACUGGUUGAUGAAUUAUGGGGCUCUUUGGAACAUCCACCAGCUUCAAUGCUUGGUGACAAGUACAAUUAUCGACAAGCUGAUGGCUCGUGAGUAUAUUAAGAGAACUAUCAACAUCUUUCUCGCUAAUCCUUGUUCUUAGAUAUAAUAAUAUCAGGUUUCCCGACAUUGGAAAAGCAGGUACAGCUUACGCUCGAAGUGUCACUCCCAAGAUCGUUCAGCCAAACCCAAAACCAGAUCCAGGUCUUAUAUUCGACACGAUCAUGAGUCGAGAUAAUGGUGGUUUCAAGCCUCAUCCAAACAAUGUCUCCAGUAUGCUUUACUACAUUGCAAGUAUUAUCAUUCAUGACUGCUUUCGCACAUCACACGAAGAUUUUAAUAUUUCAAUGACCUCCUCUUAUUUGGAUCUUUCUCCUUUAUAUGGAAGCAAUCAGGAUGAGCAGAAUAAUAUGCGAACUCUCAAGGACGGAGAGCUUAAGCCGGAUUGUUUUUCCGAAAAGAGAUUAUUAGGCUUUCCCCCAGGAGUUGGAUGCAUCCUUAUCGUGAGUGACUUACUGAAGAUUAUAGACAGGAACUAAAAAUUAUAGAUGUUCAAUCGUUUUCACAACUAUGUGGUCAACCAAUUGGCCACAAUCAAUGAGAAUGGACGCUUUACACCACCCAGGGAUAACCUACCUGAAGAUAAAAAGCAAGCAGCCUGGAAGAAAUACGAUAAUGACCUCUUCCAGACUGGACGUCUUAUUACUUGCGGCCUCUACAUCAACAUUAUUCUGCUCGAUUAUCUACGCACAAUUGUUGGAUUGAAUAGGGUCAAUUCUACCUGGUCAGUAUCAUUUCAACAUAGGUAGAAAUAUUUCUGACUAAUCGGCAUUAGGACCCUCGAUCCUCGUAUCCAAAUGGAAAGAAAUAGCAAGCCCGGAACCGUUGCUGGAGUUGGUAAUCAAUGUGCUGCUGAAUUCAAUCUGUAAGCUUUUCCAGCAUCUGUCUUUUUGUGCUUAGAACUGAUUCUUCAUAGCGUAUACCGAUGGCAUUCCUGCAUUAGUCAACGCGAUGAGAAGUGGUCCGAAGACUUGUACAUGAAAAUCUUUGGAAAGAGCCACAAGGAAGUUUCUAUGCAGGAGCUCCUCAUUGGCUUGGGUAAGCUCGAAGCAAUGACUCCAGACGAUCCUCUACAAAGAGAUUUUGCUGGUAUGAAGAGAGGUAGCGAUGGGAAGCUCAGUGAUGAUGAUCUUGUUAAGGAAUUGACUGCGAGCGUCGAAGAUUUGGCUGGGUCAUCAGGAGCGAACAACGUUCCCGCAGUACUCCGUGCUGUUGAAAUUCUCGGGAUGGAGCAAGCUCGUGCAUGGAAGUGUGCAACACUAAACGAAUUCCGGAAACACUUUGGUCUCAUACCACAUGAAAAGUUCUCAGAUAUCAACUCCGAUCCAGCAGUCUAUGAGAAAUUGAAGGUUCUAUACGAUGACCCGGAUUUGGUCGAGCUUUACACCGGAUUGGUUUGUGAGGAUGCUAAGACGCCGAUGGAUCCAGGUGUUGGUAUUGCACCAACUUACACAAUCAGUCGAAGUAUUCUUUCUGACGCAGUGACACUGGUUCGUGGAGAUAGAUUUUACACUACCGACUAUCACCCAGCAAAUCUCACGAAUUGGGGAGUUACUGAAGUCGAUUAUGAUUUGAACGUCAAUCAAGGCUGCGUAUUUUACAAAUUAUUCAUUCGAGCUUUCCCCAAUCACUUCUCAUUUAACAGUAUCUAUGCUCAUUACCCUCUCACAAUCCCAACGGAGAACAAGAAGAUCAUGGAGAAACUUGGUCGCGUAGAUGACUAUAGCUGGGAGAAACCAUCAAGGAUUCCCGAGAGAAAGAAUAUUGUCACUUAUGAUGGAGUCAAGAGUGUCCUCACUAAUGGAGAAGUAUUUGGUGUUGAUAAUUGGCGUAGAGGUUUCGCUUUCCUCAUGGGAAAACCAGGUAUUUAAAUUUGUUACAGAAGCCAUACACUUCAAUACUAAUAUAGUCUUAGGAGCAAAUUUCAUGUUGGCUGGUGAUGGCGACUUCUUUGCCGAGCGACGCAACCAAAUGAAGGAAUGCCUCUACCAAGAUAAAUGGCAUGAAAGUGUGAAGAACUAUUACGAAAGUAUUGUUCCAAAACUUCUCAAGAGAUGGUCUUAUAAUAUUGGAGGCACAACUAACCAGGUUGAUGUCAUUCGCGAUAUUGAUAAUUCCGGUGAGAUACACGUUUAUUCUAACGCAGUCAUUCUUAUCUAACAGAAACUAGCUCAUGUUUACUUUGCUUCGAACAUCUUCCAUCUCCCCCUCAAAAGUGAAGAGAAUCCUAAAGGCGUAUAUACCGAGCAUGAGUUGUAUAUGGUUUUAGCCGUUAUCUUUAUUGUAGUAUUUUUCGGUGACGUGGAUCCAGCGAAAACCUUCUCAUUACGUGCCGCUGGUCUUCCAGUCACACAAGAUCUCGGUCAACUAGUCGAGCAGAAUGUGAACUUUAUUUCAAAGACAAGUCUCGUAUCAGGUAUUGUUGAUACUUUUAUGGGGGAAAAUAAUGCACUCAAAGAUUAUGGUGUGCACAUGGUGCGCCAUUUGUUGAAGGCUGGUUUGGGCGUUCAUGAGACUGUGUUAGUAGUUCUUUUAAUCGCUCGUUGUAUUCACUGACAUUGCAUAGAUGGUCACAAAUUUUACCUACAGCAGGAGCCAUGGUGGCGAACCAAGCACAGGUUUUCGGUCAAGUCCUUGACUUUUACCUUGGUGACGGCAAGGAGCAUCUUCCAGAAAUCAAUCGUCUUGCGAAGCUCAAUACGCCCGAAGCAGAUGAUAUCCUUUUACACUACCUUCUGGAAGGAAUCAGUAAUCAAUACUUUCAUAUUUUCUAAUUCAUACUAAUGCUAACAAUGUCAAGGAAUGUACGGCACAUUUGGUGCUUACCGCACAUGUCAUGAAAAUAUAACUAUCAACGACGGAUCACGAAAAGUCGAAUGCAAGCCCGGCGACUCUGUCUUCACAAGCUUUGUAAGUGUCUCCUUCCAAUACCCGCCCCCCAUCAAACACAAUCUCUAACAAACCCCAGGUCUCCCUAGCCCAAGAUCCCAAAAUCUACCCCGAACCCAAGAAAGUCCGUCUAGACCGACCAAUCGACUCCUACCUCGUCUACGGCGUCGGCUUACACGCCUGUCUCGGCGCCGACGCUUCACGCGUAGCUCUCACCGCCAUGUUAAAAUGUAUCGGACGACUCGACAAUCUUCGAAGAGCACCAGGUCCUCAAGGCGAGAUGAAGAAAAUCCCUCGAGAAGGUGGUUUUUAUGUUUACAUGGAUAAGAUGAUGGGAUCGCAAUUCCCAUUCCCGACUACCAUGAAGAUUUGUUGGGAUGGGGGGUUGAAUGAACCGGAGACCGUGGGGGAUAAAGGGAAGGGGAAGAAGGUGGGGCUUUGAAUUGCUGGGAUUAUGCUGUUGCUGGUGCGGGUGCUCCGGAGGAUUGGAAUGGAUGGUAGGUAAUGAAUGGGUCAAUGAACGAUCGAACGAACGAGAUGGAUAAAUGAAUAAAACCUGGAGGAUGGACAAUAGGCCGAGACGGAAAGUUGAGAAACCAAUUUCACGAGAUUGACUUACUUGAUAUCCUUAUUAAUUUCCUAUUGCGCAUUCAUGUAUUUCAGGUUCAGGUUCAGGUUCAGGUUCAGGUUCAGGUUAACAGGAAUGUAAUUUAAUGAGUUGAAUUUGAAAUUUGAAAUUGGAUUCUAAUUGGAAACGAGAUUACCAAUAAGGAUUUAUUCAGGUGGUGAGCUUUUUGUUUUUUUUUCUUGGUGCUUUGUCUU